AACAUGGACGUUUUCGUCGGCUGUUGGAAACUGGUCAAGCAGGACAACUACGAUGCAUACCUGAAAGCUCUGGGUGUUGGUGAUAAACCAAGAGACGUGGAAAAAUCGGCCACCAAGGUGCUGAAGAUCCAGCUGGAGAAAGAUCUGGUGGUGAUCAACAACAGGACCAACGAGGAGUUCUCAGAAAUCUGGUUUAAACUGGGCGAGGUCUUCCUGCACGACACCCUGCACAGCAGACAGUGCAAAACGAGUUAUAAGCUGGAGGGUAACAAGCUCGUUCACACCCAUCAGUGGGACGGAAAGGAAGCGAAGAUCGUCUAUGAGAUCAAGGACAAGAGUCUGAUCUCGACCUUAACGUUUAAAGACGUCAAAGCCGUCAACACUUACGAGAAGAUCUGAAAGGAUGGACAUCCCAUAAUUCCAUCCGGCCUUUCUAUCAGUGACCAGAGGAAGGACGAUGAAGGUUGAGACAUGUUCACCCCAUGUUCACCCAAAAUAUCUUACAAUGCUUUAUUAACCAUCCAUUAAUCAUCAAUAAAG